AGCUGAAAACGUUUAAGAACCCUUGUCUAGACGAGUCUCGCGUUCUCUGAAAAUAGGCUAAUAUGGGUAGUCAAUCAAAAAUAUUACCGACUGAAGUAUGUUUCACUACAGAACAAUUAAGCUACUUUGAGGCUACUGUACUUGAUUGAAAAUUGAAGACAAGACUAGAUGGAAGACCAGACUGUAUGUAUACAGAAAAGUCCCCACCCCUGUGUUGUAUGAUAAAUCAAAGUGCCUACUGUUUCAAGUAAUUAAUUGCGGAGAGACUCAGAAAAGUAUGUGUCCGCUCGCGCUCUUUGCGGUCUUUUUAGGACAAUUAAUUUUUUCGGCGAAAGCUUCGACCCUUACCCACAAACCUAGAGUGACAUUGACAGACAAAGAUGUGAGCUUCCUAAGAAUCCACCUGUCUGGGAAUAACAGCCGUAUAGAGCUCCUGCAGGGCCCUCAGGACAACAUAGUAUAUGCUACAGACCACAUGAACCUGUUCCAGACAAACUUCAACAGUUCUAAGACCUCUAGAAUGCUAAGUCCUGUGUUUCGAGAGGAAUGUAGAAGUAAUGAUUCCACAUCACCAGACUGUCACUAUAACAUCACUGUUUUACACAAGACUAACGAUCCAAACCAACUGUUCCUGUGUGGAACCAAUGGACAACAACACACAUUGUGCUGUUACAUGAACCCAUCAGACGACCCGUUUAACUGCACUCGAUCCAAGGCCAUCCAAAACAUUCAACAACACAUAAAUGAAACAGAGCCAUCACUCCUCAUUGGUUCUUCUGGGGUAGAGGAGUUCUACACCACUCACUCAGGCACAGAGGGUUCCGUGGGGAUCAACAGGUUCGGGAAGAACAGACUAUGGACAGACAACAGUGGAACAGAACAGAGAUAUGUGAGUUUGGUGGCUAGCAGCCAGAGAGAGGAUCGUCUGCAGGACAGACUAUAUGCUUUCUACAUAGAGAAGAACCGACACCCGCGUUUGGACUCUGAUCUCUGGGUUCCCCGGGUUGCUCAAGUCUGCAUGGCCGAUCGUGGAGGACCUAAGGGUUAUCUGCAGUUCAGGUGGACCUCCAAGCUGAGUGCCAGGCUCUUCUGUGGAGACCAGGACAGCAGGCUGUCCUUCCCCCAGCUAGUGGACGUGAACACUGUUCUGGCAGAGAGGUGGCAGGAUACCAGGGUCUAUGCACUCUUCAGGAAUGGCUGGGGUAUGAGUGCUGUAUGUGUCUACACCGUAGAAGAUAUUGACCGCAUCUUUAAAACCUCCAACUUCAAGGGACACACGGGGUCCGUCCCAAUCCCACGACCUGGGAAGUGUGUUGAAGACAGUACUAGACUCCCCAUGGAAGUCCUGAAGAUGGUGGACAAGGUUUCAGAGAUGGAGGAGUGGGUCACCAGUAGGCCUCUCCUGGUCACUCACCACUAUUACCACCACAUCCGUGUGGACAGAGUCCAAGGCAAAGGGAAUGUCCUGUUUCUGUCUCUAGGGAAUGGAGGGAUUCAUAAGGUUCUGGAGAAGGAUGGUCAUGCCUUCGUCAUCGCUGAGUUACAUCCUUUUAACUACAGAGCACACAUCCUCAGUAUGAUGUUGCACUCCUCCACGGGGAAGCUGUAUGUGGGCUCCAGCAGAGAGCUGGUUCAGAUUGACCUGGGCAGCUGUGAGCAGUAUGGAGCCCAGUGUGAAGACUGUGUCCUGGCCAGAGACCCUUACUGUGGCUGGGAUGGCCAUCACUGCACCACAGCAACAAAUAAGACAAUUCAGGAUGUGGAGAACGGGAACCAUCAGGUAUGCAGCAACAUAUCCAGAGGAGUUACUGCAAGUAAAGUUUACUUUCUAAGGUCAUCAGGUGGCGCUGCAGAUGGAAUCAGAGUUUCUCAAUCUUCAAAGUACUUCCUCCAUUGCCCAACCUUGUCCAGCCACGCUGAGUACAGCUGGAGGCACCAUGGCAACACCACAGCAACACCGUGCAUCUCCACAGGGUCAGAGCACCAGUGUCUCCUGCUAAUAGAGAGCAUGGGCCCUGAGCAGCAGGGAACAUACAGCUGUGUGUCUGAGGAGAGGGGCUACCACAGGACUCUGGUGCAGUACCAGUUACAGCUGGACAGUGGGGCCUCAGGCCUGGACUCUCACCGCCUGCCCUGUCUUGGUCUGGGUCUGGUACUAACACUGGUCCUGACUUUGCUCUGCUAGCAUCAGCUCUAUUGACUCUCACCCCAGCCCUAUGACCAAGCUGACUUGACUUGGACAUCCCUGCACUUGUACUUUUGUCUUCCUUACACCCACGCUACCUCAAGAAUAGUUCAUGACAGUCAAAGUCCGAGCCAUUUCGCUGAGCUGCUUCCUUUGUUACUUUCACAAUCAAUUGGUAAAAAACAGAACGCUGUAGAAGUUAAAGCUACUGCACUUUUGCGGAGUUAAGGAUUUAUUGGCCUUAUGCACUUUAUAAUCAUGCUACGUUAUCCAAUAUGGAACUUUUCAGGGGUUUAAAAUAUUUAAUGUGAAAAUCUGAAUGUACAGUAUAUAUAGCAAAAACAGACUUAAAUUUGUUACAUUUUAGAAAUACAUUUUUUAAUUAACUCCUAACUUUCUUGCUAACAGCAUGAUGGUUGUAAAUAUAUACAGUACCAGUCAAAAGUUAGUACACACCUACUCAUUUAAGGGUUUUUCUUUAUUUUUACUAUUUUCUACAUUGUACAAUACUAGUGAAGACAUCAAACCUAUGAAAUGACACAUAUGGAAUUAUGUAGUAACCAAAAAAGUGUAAAACAAAUCAACUCAGCAAAAAAGAAACGUCCUCUCACUGUCAACUCUAUUUAAUUUCAGCAAACUUAACAUGUGUAAAUAUUGGUAUGAACAUAACAUUCAACAAGAAUACAUAAACUGAACAAGUUCCACAGACAUGUGACUAACAGAAAUUGAAUAAUGUGUCCCUGAACAAAGGAGGGGUUAAAAUCAAAAGUAACAGUCAGUAUCUGGUGUGGCCACCAGCUGCAUUAAGUACUGCAGUGCAUCUCCUCCUCAUGGACUGCACCAGAUUUGCCAGUUCUGAGAUGUUCUAGGGUUACUAUACAUAACUUUAACCCAUUUUAUAAGAGAUUCUCCAAAAUGUAAAUAUUCCGGGAGCAGGUGCAAUUUGCAGUUCAAGAUCAAGCAAACGUAGCAGAAUUCAAAGUUGGGCUGUACAACAUGCAAAAAGGUAGGGAGCUUCGGUCAAAAAUUACUGGAGGUAUUAAACUAGCAAAGGAGUGGGUGGAAUGUAUGGUAAAUUAACAUCCUAUGCAUCAUAUGUAAAAAAACAACAACAACAAAAAACAACAACAGCAAGCCUUGUAGAGGACACCCAGGUUAACACUCAAAACUGUAAUAAAAAAUAGACACUACUGCCAGAGUCUUCAGAACAGCCUUAGGAGGAUGCUAAACAUCACAGCCACAUGCCUGCUCAUGGCUUCGAGCAAGAAGUUGACAUGGUAGGGAAAAAAAAUAGUUUCAAGUUUGUAAUCUGAAUAUGAGCCUCACAUUAUCACAUAUAAAUUCUCAAAUGUGUGUUCUGCUGUUGCCUAAAUGUAUUUAAAGUUAAAUUAUGAUAUUUUGAUAUUUGUUUUACUUCUACAUUGUCUUGAAAAUGACAUGAAAUUCGGGUCUUGAAAGCCCCACAGCUAA